UGGCUCACACAUAUCUCACUGCUCCCAGUAGAGGCUCUUAUUCCUCAUCCCGGCUCCUUAGUGCAAAACCAGGGAGGAAGAGGGAGCCAUGGCAAGCUACAAGAGCAGCCUGCGGAUCACGCUGCCCAUCACCUGCAUCAUCUUUGAGACGAUCCUCAUCAUCCUCUUCGCCAUGCUAGUGGAGUAUGACCAGGAGACGGACGCCAGGUUGUGGCACCAAAUGCUGCGCAACCACAGUGAGACAAACUACAACAAUGACUUCUACUACCGCUACCCCAGUUUCCAGGACGUGCACGUGAUGAUCUUCAUCGGCUUCGGCUUCCUCAUGACCUUCUUGCAGCGCUACGGCUUCAGCAGUGUGGCCUUCAACUUCCUGAUCGCUGCCUUCUCCCUGCAGUGGGCCACCCUCAUGCAGGGCUUCCUCCAUGGCAUGCACCAUGGCAAGAUACAUAUCGGGGUGGAGAGCAUGAUCAACGCAGAUUUCUGCACGGGCUCGGUCCUGAUCUCCUUCGGGGCCGUGCUGGGCAAGACCAGCCCGGUGCAGCUGCUGGUGAUGGCCAUGUUUGAGGUGACGCUGUUCGCAGUUAAUGAAUUCGUGCUCCUCUCGAUCCUGGGGGCAAAGGACGCCGGAGGCUCCAUGACCAUCCACACCUUUGGGGCUUAUUUCGGCCUGGUGGUAGCGCGGGUGCUUUACCGCCCCCAGCUGGAGAAAAGCAAGCACAAAAACUCUUCAGUUUAUCACUCAGACCUCUUCGCUAUGAUUGGCACCAUCUUCUUGUGGAUGUUCUGGCCCAGCUUCAACUCAGCCGUCACGGCGCACGGCGACGACCAGCACCGCACCGCCAUGAACACCUACUACUCCUUGGCCGCCUGCACGUUAUCCACAUUCGCAAUGUCCUCCUUGGUGAAUCGUGGUGGCAAGCUUGACAUGGUGCACAUCCAGAAUGCAGCCAUCGCCGGUGGAGUUGCAGUGGGUACCGCAGGGGAGAUGAUGCUCACUCCCUUCGGCUCCAUGGUCGUGGGGUUCCUGGCUGGGAUCAUCUCCACCCUGGGCUACAAGUUCCUGUCGCCCGUCCUGGAGAAGAAGCUGCGCAUCCAGGACACCUGUGGGGUCCACAACCUGCACGGCAUGCCAGGCAUCCUGGGGGCUGUGGUGGGGGCCGUCACCGCCUGCCUGGCCACUAGUGACGUCUAUGGGGAGGGAAUGGAAGAUGUAUUCCCAGAAAUCUACAAUGGGAAGUUCUUGGCCUCCACCCAGGCCGCGCGACAAGCCAUCGGUCUGGGAGUGACGCUGGGCAUGGCCCUCUUUGGGGGCAUCAUCGUGGGUUUCAUUAUGAAGUUGCCCAUCUAUAGCUCUCCGCCUGACACCAUCUGCUUUGAAGAUUCAAUCUACUGGGAGAUGCCAGGGGAGGAGGGGUCCCAAGAGGAGCUCGCCACUGUGAUGGCAGAGGAGGUGCAGAAACCGCUCAAUAGCUGAGCUGGAGUCGGACAUGCAUGCAGGACGUAGACACGUGGAUACACACAUGUGGUCAGACGUCCACGCACGCACAUACAUACACACCUACAGACACAGACCAACAAAACCACACCUCGAUCACUCAAAUACACACGUAAGCUCACAUGCACAGAAACAGACAUACAAUCGGGAUCUCUUGAGAUGUUCCUCUGUGUAAUCACCCGAUACGACAGCACUAACAGCAUGGCCCAAAGAAAAGAACAAACUCUCGUGUACUUUCAAUAUACGUAAAACUGUCAGUUUUUUAAAAAACUGCCUCCAUUUUUUCGCAGUAUAACAGUGGAGUCUAAUUCAAGGGCUUAACCCCUGAUCAUUUAAGAGAAAAACAAGUAGAACUGAUUUAAAAUAUUACACUACCCGCCUUACAGAUGAACACUGACAGAUUUGCUUUGUAAAGCAGGGCAUUUCAUUCAUUCCCUCCAUUAAGCCAAGCGUUUAAUUGUAUUGUCAUCAAAAAAAGAGAACUGUAAAUUAUACCUUUCAUUCGUUACCGACAGAAAUGCAUGUUAUUUUAUUGUGGAUAUAGCAUUUUGCUACAUAUUUGAAUUCGUUCCUUCGCUGACAUACUAUGAAACACAUGGCAGUGUAUGGUAUCACAAGGAACUAUACAACAGCAUUUGUAUAAUUACAUUUAAUGUAUUUGACUUUUGUAUUAUUAAAUAACCUGUGCAUCGAUCGAAUAUGUCAUCACGUUAUUAAAUAAAACCGACAAUUUUUUU